AUGGCAGCGCUGCCUUGGUCCCUGAUCGCUCUCCUGCCGUGGCUUCUGGUGUGGCUCCUUCUCUGGCCUCGCGAAGAGCUUCGCGGCCUCUUUGUGCCCUACGUGAGCAGCACCUCCGCCCAGUGCGGCAAGCUGCUCGGCCGGCGCGGCGAGGAGGCGGAUCGACGCUGGCGAAUCUUGACGGGCCUCAAGCCCCGCAUGCUCAUGGCCCUACACGUCAAUGUCUGGGCCACCGUAUCGGCGCAGCCAUGGUUCAGCCGCGUCGGUUUCUCAGGCAAAAUCUGGGCGUGGAUGCUCUCCUUUGUGGCGGUGCGCGGCGUCUUCGGCUGGUUGCCCCUGGACGCCCAGCACAGGCUGCCGUCCAACCGCUUCCUGCUGCUCCGCUGGGCGGCCGGACGCUUGGCUCGCGACGCGUCGCCGUUCCACCGGCGCCGAUGCCGACCCUCUGGCGCGCUCCUCUCGAGCUCGACCUCGACGAGAGAGAGAGGCGAGCUCUCGCUCGACUUCCUCUAG